AUGGAAAGAAAACGCCUGAAGAAAGAGCUUGAAAGACUCUUGGUAGAUUAUGUUGGCAUCAGAUUACGAGAAAAUGAAUUUGAUCCAAGAGGACAAAGGUAGCCUACUCUUCUAGAUGACAUGGUCCAUUACAACUUAGCCUUCAGUGUUGCUUUACUGUGGCUAGGUGACUUGCAUGCUCAGACUAGAGAAAAUGUGAGUCUUGCAGCUCACAACCAAUACACGUAUCCCAACCGAAUUGAGAGAGAAGCAAUGAUAUUAUCUUCAUAUGCUGGAAUAAUAAUGAACAACAUUCCUAUUGAAGAGAUCUUUGAGAUUUACAGCAUGAGACCCUCAGAAGCACACUGUCAGAGCUCUGUAAAUGACCACUGGAUUCAACCUCCCAAGGUCUCCAUGCAUCCAUUUGCCAUGCUGACUGCCCCUGAAGCUGCAGAGCAUGCCUGGAAGCAAAGCAUCAAGUGCCAGACAGCAGUGGCAUAUCAAAAGACCAACCUUUGUUCAACAAGAAAAUCUAAAAAAGACAGCAGAGGAAAGCAACAAGUGGACAAAGCAGGUCUGAAGAAUUCACUCAAGGCAGGAGCUGCAGAAGCAGAACAAGGAAUCUCUCUAGAGAAGCCUGGAACAGAUUCAAAAGUAAAGAAUGCAAAGGAACCAAAGACAUAA